AUGACAUCCUUCACUGCCAUGGACUACUUCUCACAUGAGCUUCUCACUCCAAUUCCCUUGGAGGAGAAACCAUCUUUCCCCAGCCUCAAAAUCAUCCACCAAGAACUCAAUGCCAAUGCCAUGGCAGUCCAAUCGACGCUUGGUGGAGGCCAAUACGGACACCUCUCAUUGACCAUCUCAUCCACAAGAUUCAAUGCCCUCCCAGAUGCAGCCGCAUUUGUCAUUCCCGUCCAUCCUGUAGUCCAACCAGCACACGCAGGUAAUGCAACAGCUGCCCAAAUUGCUGAAACCAACAGACUCUACAAGGAAUCUAUCGAACGUUUCCUGAUCUACAAGGCAACAGGAACAGCACUCAAGAAGCAACUCCUUCAAGCCAUCCCCGAUACAUUCACUAACACCCUAAAGAACGACCUAUUCGGGUACACCAACGUGACUGUCCUCCAGAUCCUUGACCACCUUGAUACAGCAUACGGAUCGGUGGACCAAGCCGACCUCAAAGACAACAUCAAACGAAUGGAAGCCGAAUGGAGCCCCAACCAACCAAUUGAAGAACUCUUCAACCAGAUCAAGGCAGCCCAACAGUUCGCGGCAGACCAUGAUCCAAUCACCGAAAAGACGGCCCUUCGCGCAGCCACUACCAACUUUGAAAACAGCGGAACGUUCACUGAAGCCCUUCGCGAAUGGAACAACAAAGCUGAAGCUGACCAAACCUGGACAAACCUGGAAAGCCACUUCAAGAAAGCCGACAAAGCGAGACGCCGCAUCCUCACUGCGUCCGAAGUCGGAUACGCCAAUGCAGCCAUCUCGAAAGUCAGCGCCAAUGCCAAGACAUCAGCCAACGCAGUCCCCAUGUGGUAUUGUUGGUCACACGGACUAGGACCCAACAUGACGCACACGAGCAUCAACUGCACCAAACCAGUCACUGGCCACCGCAAGGAAGCCACAGUCGACAAUAUGAUGGGAGGAUGCUACAUCAUCAAGCGCCGCAAUGGAGAAAGGGCAAUCUAUCGCCGCCCUCCGCGCAACCCACGCAAUGACGAGAACGCUCCCCCAUCGGACCAGACUGCCACCGGCAAUCGCUGA